GGAGGGCAGCGCGGCCUCCGGGGCCUGCGCGCGGCGAUGGAGCCCGGGAAGAGAAGAACCAAAGAUGAUACUUGGAAAGCAGAUGACCUCCGAAAACACCUUUGGGCGGCUCAGUCCUCUGGUCCCAAGGAGGAGAAGAAGCAUAGAGACCGGAAACCGCUGCGGGAGUCGGAAGCGGACUUGGCAGACGGCAAAGAACACCGACCCGGGGACCCCGACCGCGAGGCCAAGCACCGAGAGCGGGCCGCCGAGCGGGACGGCCACGCCGCCCGGGAGCACCCGCGCGGGGACAGGCAGCGGGAGCGGCGGAAGGACAGGGACCGGCCGAAGGAGAGGCACCGGGAGCUGGACGCGGAGAAGCCGCACGUCCGGGGGAAGGAGCGUGAGAGGGACCAGGAGCACCGGGCGCGCCGCGAGGAGCUGAGGCAGGCGGCCGCGCACCGCAACCUGCUGGCCCGGGACCGCGACCAGGACCGGGACGGGGACAGGCCGGAGCGCCGGCGGGCAGGAAGUAAAGCAAGAAUUGAAGAGAGGGAGCAGAGAGAUGAAGACUCUGAGCGAGGAGAUGAGGAUCGGGAGAGAAGGUACCGAGAGAGAAAGCUGCAGUAUGGCGACAGCAAGGACAACCCCCUCAAGUACUGGCUGUACAGAGAGGAGGGCGAGAGGCGACACAGGAAGCAGAAGGAGCCAGACCGGGAGAAGAAGCACCGGGAGAAGAGCGGCACGCGGGAGCGGAGAGAGAAGAGUUCCAAGGAGAAAGGCAGUUCGUUCUGCGGCAAGGAAGGGGAGGAGAGGCAUAGAGAGAGGCGCCAUAAAGAGGGCGUCCACGCGGGCGAGGAGAGGCCGCGAGGCCACGCGGAGAGGAAGGAGCGGUCUCGCAGGGAGGAGCACAGGAGGAGGGAGGCGAAGGAUGGGGAGCACAGACACCGUGGUGCGAGCCUGAGGAGAGACGGCCCGGGCAGCCAGCAUGUGGAGAACUCAGUGAGGAGUGACGGGAAGGAUAGAGACUCAAGAAGAAAGCACGGCCGCGAGGAGGGCCCCUCGGCGUGGAAGCUGGAGCAGAGGCAGGGGAGCGAAGAGGCCACGGAAAUUGAAAAGGAAGACAUUGAUUUAGAAAAUGUUGGAACGGAUGAGUAUACAGCCAUUUUUGAAGAUGAUUUUGAAGACUAUGAGGACGACUUUGAGGUCUGUGACGGGGCUGACGACUGCGGGGCAGACGAGCCCAGAGAGGGUGAGGCAGCGGAGGAGCUGCCUCCGGCCCGGAGGAGGGAGAUCCAGGAGAUCCAGAAGGCCAUCCUCGCGGAGAACCAGCGGGUCGGCGAGCUGUCCUCGAAGCUGCCAGAGAAGCAUGGCUGCCCGGAGCGUGCUGGGGGGCCGGGCCCGGAGGCAAACAGCUCCGCUUCCAAAACCCCCCUGUGUGGAAUUUUCAUGGAUUUUGCCACAGCCUCACACCGUCAAAAGAAUCGGACUCAGACCCUUAAGCAAAAGACGCGCAGCGCAAAGCUGCUGCGGCUCAUCGACAUGGACUUCUCCUUCACCUUCUCCCUCCUCGACCUCCCGCCCGUGAAGGAGUACGACAUGUACAUCCGGAACUUCGGGAAGAAGAACACCAAGCAGGCCUACAUUCAGUGUAAUGAAGACAGUGUGGACCGGGACAUCCAGACUGAGGAAGUGGAGACUCGGGAAGUGUGGACCCAGCACCCGGGGGAAGGCGCCGCUGUGUCUGGGGGGAGUGAGCAGGGUGGUCCCGGAGAUAGUGCCAUCGUCCCGAAAGUCGACACGCCCCGUCUGUCCAGCUUCCUGCGGGCAGCCUGCCAGGUGAUGGCAGUUCUGCUUGAAGAGGACCGGGCAGUGGCCGAGCCGGGCUGGGCGUCCCAGGCUCAGGACUGCACCCUGCCUUUCAGCGACAGCUGCACACGGCUGGACACCAGCCUGCCCUUCCUGCAGGACCGGAGAGUGUCCUGCCUGCACGCAUGUCAGGCUCAGCGGCGCACGCUGGUGUCUGUGCACGGGCUGCCGGGGAAGGCCUUGGUGCCCCUGCUGGACCACAGACACGUGCUCUGUGUGUGGGACAUCCGGCAGCCGUCAGGGCCCCAGAAGGUCCUGGUGUGCGAGUCGAAGGUCACAUGCUGCUGCUUCAGCCCUGUGAAAGCCUUCCUGCUGUUUGCGGGGACCGUGCACGGCUCGGUGGUCGUGUGGGACCUGAGGGAGGACCCCAGGAUCCAUCUCCGCGUGACGCUGAGCGGGUGCUCCUGGACGUUCAGGACCCCCACCUUCUCCACUGACGGCGUCCUGAUGUCCGUGAACCACCGCAGCCCCCUCCAGGCAAUAGAGCCCAUCACGGGGUCUGUCUGCAAGAGGCAGAGCUGUGUGCUUUCACCCUUUUCUACUCAAGAAGAGACGGCAGGCCUAUCCUUCCACAUUGCUUCCUUGGACGAAAGCGGGCUUCUCAAUGUGUGGGUGGUGGUUGAAUUACAGAAGGCAGAUGCUGCAGGUUCAAUAAGUGACUUAGGUUUAAUACCUGGAGGACGGAUAAAACUGGUACACAGCACUUCGAUCCAGCUGAGUGACAGCCUUUCUCAUAAAGGUUAUGAAUCCUGGGGGUCUGUGCAGACACUGAGCGUUAAAUUUCUGCCUUCAGACCCUAAUCACUUCGUUGUCGGCACAGACGUGGGCCUUGUCAGCCACGGCAGCAGACGGGACCUCAGAGCGUCUCCCAGGCUGUUCCGGCCGCAGCAGCAGGGCCCGAGGCCUGUGAAGGUGACCGUGAUUGACUUCUCACCAUUUGCGGAGCCCGUGUUCCUGGCCGGCUGUUCUGAUGGCAGCAUCCGGCUACACCGCCUGACCGCAGAGCGCCCGCUCCUGCAGUGGGACCACAGCACCUGCGGCCGUGCCGUCACCGGCCUGCAGUGGUCCCUGACGAGGCCAGCCGUGUUUCUGGUGCAGGACGACACGUCCUGUGUGUACGUGUGGGACCUCCUGGAGAGCGAUCUGGGGCCUGUGGCCCGGCAGCCCAUCUGUCCAGACAGGCUGCUGGCCAUGACCGUUGUGGGGGAAGCAGAGAAAACCCGCGGUGGCUUCCUGGCCCUGGUGCUGGCCAGAGCCUCUGGGAGCGUGGACGUCCAGUACCUGCGGCGGGAGUGGGCAACCCCGGCCAGUGAUGAACUGCAGAGGCUGCGGCUGCUGCUGCGGGAAGGCCCGUAGGCGGCGGGACCCCGAGAAGUCAUGCGGUGGCUCCAAGCUUCCACUGGGUGCAUGUGCAUUUGUAUAGAUAGAAGGCGUGUGUCUGUGCAGAAGUCACUGUUCAAAACUACCACUUCAGGACGCCCUAAAUAAAUCACUGGUUUUGAAUGGAAACAGCAAAUCUUUUAGUGUAUACUGAACUGCAAAGGCAGCAGAGAGCCGUAUGGGACACUGUUUUCCAAGGAUAUUUCUACUCGUCUUCAAAACAGCUUUGUAAAAUUUAUCAUGAGAUGUUUAAACACUCCAAAUGAAAAUAUAUUUUAGUGAACAGUUUUCUUAGUCUUUUAUAAAAUGACAUAUUCACUGGUUUAAAUUAAAGACCUGACUCCAGUGAAAUGACCUCCCACUGUGUUUUCUUAGGACUUUCUUGCGCUUCUUCUACUGGAAAUGGAAAGUCUACUGAGGCACGUUUGCUUUAUGCUUUAGUGUUAACAGCUUUGUGUAAAGAUGAUGUGAGUACAUAAGUUCUCUUAACUAUACAGUUAUCAUAGCAGUUUAGGGGCAGGAGAACCCUGGGCUGACGGCCUCUGCCCACACCCAGUAUCACUGACAUGGUGACAGGUGAGUAGUCAGCGGGGGGAGGGGUUUGUUCUUCUUUCUGGGCCACAAGCAGCUGCUGCUUUGUGCCAGUGACAGGAGGGUUAAACCCAGAACUGGCAGCCGGCAGAGAACACAGGCUCCCAGGGCCCCGCGUUUCUCGUAAAUCCCUCAGCUGCUCAUGGUCCUCUUAGAGCCCUGUGCCCUUCUGCGCCUGCUGGCACGGCCCUUGCUGUGGCUGGCUCAGAGCCACUUCCUCUCCGAGGCCUCCCUGGUCCUGUCUCUGGAAGUCUCCUGCUGCUGUUCAGUCCCUCAGUUGUCUCUGACCCUCUGCGACCCCGUGGACCGCAGCACGCCAGGCCUCCCUGU